AUGAGCACGCCAAGUGACCUCUUGCAUACCUUUACCAUUCAAGGAGACAGGGGCUUCUACCUGUACUUUGAAGGUGCGUUGCAAGCCUUUACAUUCUCCUCAGAUGAGGGACUCGCCAACCCGGUUCUUUCAAGCCGCCUCGGCAACUCUCUUGGUGAGGACGUCUCUUUGACCGGCCUCCCCCAUAUUCUCAUCUCGCGCAAGGAUUUGGAGGCCUUCUCUACGCUCCCCGAAGAAGUCGCUCUCGUGUGGGCUUCCGAACGCAGUGCCCUCAACCUCCUUUUCUUUCUCAACCAAUACUUUCCCUGGCUUUCGACGUUACAAGCAAUCUACAACUCAGUUGUGAUUAUGCGUCUCGACAGCUACCUCGUCACUCACUACUACUUCACAGCUAUGUUUGAUACGCUGGGACGUGUUGUCGUGUAA